GGAAGCGAGCGAUUGCGAUUCGUGUCUGAACGUGCUGAGUCUACUGUCAACGUAGGCAGGCAAGCGCCUGAUAUCCUCCUUACUAGCUAAGGUCAUAUCGAUCUAAGCUUUUCGAAGAACAUGACCGGCCUUCUCUUCGUGACGGCACACGACGCUGACUAUAAACACAUCAAUCGCAUCUUGCUCAAUCUGCGUGAUUGGCAAUAUGGGGCGGCUGAUCAGUUUUAUCUCGUCCCAGCUCGGGUAAACCUGGAUCCUCCACUUAGAAAUCCCAAUCAAGCGACAGGCACAGAGCCACCAGUGCCGUUUUUGAAGUACGAUGCCUGAGCCGGCGCAACCGCUGCUGAAGUGGAAGCCUUUCUUCUCGACCAAACGCAAAACAGCCCAACUCGAGCUCUCGCUAUGGACCUUUACAUUCUGUCAACGAGAAAGGAAUGAACGAUUCAACCUGCAUCUUGGGCCAGCAGAAGAAUGAAGGUGUCGAUGGCAAUUGCAAGGCCAGCGUUACCUUUGGACGAACCAGACUUCCGUAUGUUGAGGCGUAUUCGAUGUGGUGCAAUCUCGACAUCGCCAACAUGGAUUUCGAAGACUUCAUCGUCUACGAAGGUGAGCUUGACGAAGAUGGAUAUUUAACUUAUACCAGCCCUGGUGCUGCUGACGUGGAUGGGGCAAGCAGCGGGAGAAGAACGAGACGCUGGAGAGGUUCGGACGUGAAGGCAAGAUCGGAUGUGUAUUGUAUGCGACCAUCCCUCGUUCCUUUAGCCUUAAGUAGUUUAUAUAGUCGUUGACAAUCUCACGGACUCAAUAGCUCCAACAUCACUGGCGAAGGUACUUCCAUAUAUACCUAGUCAGCUUCAUCAAUGUUUGCCCGCCAUUGGUGAA